AUGUCAGCGAAUCAGCUGUUCGAUUUGCUGAUUUUCGAACUUCUGAGAAUAUUGACGUUUGAAAUUCGUGCAUUUGGUUCACCCAAAUGCGUGAUCGAUAUUGUCAUUUCUGACAAUAUGAAGAGCACAAACACUGACAUGCAUAUACUAAACAAAACAGAAGAGUCUCUCAUUGAAAACAGGCAUGAGCAACAGUUCUUCGCAUUUAUUGAAAAGGCAUCUAGCCAGUGGCGGAUUAAGUCCCGACUUGAAGCACCACAGAUAAAUUGUGUUCAUGAAAAUACAGCUGUUUUGCUUCAGUGUGAGACAAGCUCCUCUGAACCUAUCACAUAUAACUGGAAUUUUCAACCUUGUACAACAAAUUCAGAUGACUGUGAACUGAAGAAUAACAAUGAAAUGAUUACUAUCAGAAAUGCAAGGAGCUACAUGUCGCAGGAAGUUUACUGCACUGUGAACAACAGUCUGCACAGUAAUCAUAGUGAGUCUUUUCUCAUUAGGAAUUGCAUUACAGACUUAAGAGAUCGUUUAUGGUCGUCGAUAAUUUUGCUUACUGCUGCUAAUUCUGUUUCAAUAGUCAGUGUCAUAUUAUUACACCGAUUUGUGAACUUAAGACGUUUUGUAAGGUUGGUGUUGCCUUUGUUUGCUGCUGCUGCUGCUGUUCCAAUUGCCAUUUUCCUUGUAUUAAAACUGGGAUUUGUAAACUUAACUGUUUUCUUGUUAAUACUUGCUGCUGCUUGUCUUACUUCAUUACCGAUUUUUUAUCAGUGUACAGUGACAUGUCUGAGUAGUAUGAAGCCAAGCCAAGAAUCAAGAAUAGAAUUGUCCAGCAGGAACAGGACCCGGAACUCACUCCACAACUAAAAAUGUUAAUAAAAUGAAUCUUUAUUGAAGUGCACAACACGUAAUAAACCAGUUACCAACCAAUAUGUGGCUGUAAACUGAAUUAUGUUUCCAUUGUAAAUAAAACAGUGAUUCAGUAAUGUA